CGAAGAUGGCGGCUGCGCCUUCGGGGGAUUCCGAGAGCCGGCGAGCUGAGAGCAGGGAGGCCGGUUCGAAAUGGCUGGACGCGCACUACGACCCGAUGGCCAACGUCCACACCUUCUCCGCCUGCCUGGCGCUGGCAGAUCUGCACGGGGACGGGGAGUACAAGCUGGUGGUGGGGGACCUUGGCCAUGACGGACGGCAGCCCCGCUUGAAGGUGCUCAAAGGGGCUGCGGUGCUGACUGAGAACGCCCUGCCUGCCCUACCGGCCGCCGUCGUCACCUUCCUCAUGGAGCAGCAUGAGCCCCGGACGCCAGCCCUGGCUCUCGCCUCGGGCCCUUGUGUCUACGUCUAUAAGAAUCUCAGGCCCUACUUCAAGUUCACCCUGCCCCAGUUGCCUCCAAACUCCCUGGAACAAGACCUCUGGAACCAGGCCAAGGAGGACCGGAUCGACCCUUUAACACUGAAGGAGAUGCUGGAGGGGAUCCGGGAGAAGGCUGAGGUGCCUCUGUCUGUGCAGUCACUCAGGUUUCUACAGCUGGAGCUGAGUGAGAUGGAGGCGUUCGUGAACCAGCACAAGUCCAAGACCAUCCGACGGCAGACUGUCAUCACCACCAUGACCACUCUGAAGAAGAACCUGGCCGACGAGGACGCUGUGUCCUGCCUGGUGCUGGGCACUGAGAACAAGGAGCUGCUGGUGCUGGACCCUGAGGCCUUCACCGUCCUGACCAAGAUGAGUCUUCCCAGUGUCCCUGUGUUCCUGGAGAUAUCGGGCCAGUUUGACGUGGAGUUCCGGCUUGCUGCCGCCUGCCGCAAUGGCAGCAUCUACAUUCUGAAAAGAGACUCCAAGCACCCCAAGUACUGCAUUGAGUUGAGCGCCCAGCCAGUGGGGCUUGUCCGGGUACACAAGGUCCUGGUGGUGGGCAGCACCCAAGACUGCCUGUACGGCUUCACCCACAAGGGCAAGAAGCUGUGGACAGUGCAGCUGCCCGCGGCCAUCCUGACCAUGAACCUCCUGGAGCAGCAGUCCCGGGGUCUGCAGGCCGUCAUGGCGGGGCUGGCCAACGGCGAGGUCCGCAUCUACCGCGACAAGACCCUGCUCAAUGUCAUCCACACCCCGGAUGCAGUGACCAGCCUCUGCUUUGGCCGCUAUGGGCGGGAAGACAACACCCUCAUCAUGACUACCAAAGGAGGUGGUCUGAUCAUUAAGAUCCUGAAGCGCACAGCCGUGUUUGUGGAGGGGGGCGGGGAGGCCGGCCCCCCACCAGCCCAGUCCACAAAGCUCAGUGUGCCCCGGAAGACCCGGCUCUAUGUGGACCAGACGCUGCGUGAGCGAGAGGCUGGCACUGCCAUGCACAGAACCUUCCAGACAGACCUCUACCUGCUGCGCCUCCGCACUGCCCGGGCCUACGUGCAGGCCCUUGAGUCCAGCCUGAACCCUGUGUCCGCAACAGCCCGGGAGCCCCUCAAGCUGCAUGCAGUGGUCCAGGGCCUGGGCCCCACCUUCAGGCUCACGCUGCACCUGCAGAACACCUCGACGGCCCGUCCCAUCCUGGGGCUGCAGGUCUGCUUCCUGUACAACGAGGCUCUCUAUGCGCUGCCCCGGGCCUUCUUCAAGGUGCCUUUGCUGGUGCCAGGGCUUAACUACCCCCUGGAGACCUUUGUGGAGAGUCUCAGUGACAAGGGCAUCUCAGACAUCAUCAAGGUGCUGGUGCUGCGGGAAGGCCAGAGCGCCCCUCUGCUGAGCGCCCACAUCAACAUGCCCGUGAGCGAGGGGCUGGCAGCUGCCUGA